AUGUCUGACAACGGUGAAAUCGAAGUUGAGGCCGUCCAGUCCUCGGUGCUCCCCAAGGACGUGACCUCUGAGAUCGGCUCCAUCAAGCUGUUCAACAAGUGGUCCUACGAGGAUGUCGAGAUCCGCGACAUCUCCUUGACCGACUACAUCCAGAUCCGAUCUCCCGUCUACAUCCCCCACUCUGCUGGUCGCUAUGCCGUCAAGCGUUUCCGCAAGGCCAACUGCCCCAUCAUUGAGCGUCUCACCAACUCGCUCAUGAUGCACGGCCGCAACAACGGAAAGAAGCUGAUGGCUGUCCGCAUUGUCGCUCACGCUUUCGAGAUCAUCCACCUGAUGACCGACCAGAACCCCAUCCAGAUCGCCGUUGACGCCAUUGUCAACUGCGGUCCUCGUGAGGACUCCACCAGAAUUGGUUCCGCCGGUACCGUCCGCCGACAGGCCGUCGAUGUCUCCCCUCUCCGCCGUGUCAACCAGGCCAUUGCCCUGCUCACCACCGGUGCCCGUGAGGCCUCUUUCCGCAACAUCAAGUCGAUUGCCGAGUGCCUGGCUGAGGAGCUGAUCAACGCUGCCAAGGGUAGCAGCAACUCGUACGCCAUCAAGAAGAAGGACGAGCUGGAGCGUGUCGCCAAGAGCAACCGAUAA